AUGCCCCAGUCCCGUUCGCCCGCUGCUCUCCCUCCCCCUUUGUCAUCUUCAAGCGCCUUUGCUCCACCUCAGCCUGGCCUGUGCACCCGCGAGCCGACUACAGCCAACAAUCGCCUUGUCCUCUCGGCGAGCACGCCUAUAUUUCCCACAUCGCCCUCCCAGCUUCGGACUCUGCUCUCCCCCUUUGCGGUACCUUUGCCUGGCAAGCUCGUCCUCAACAUGAUGAGCUUCGAUGGCGGCACGGCCUACGCCGAGUCCGACGCUGAUGACGAGUACGAGCGAAGCAUGGGCGACCACUCCCCCGUUGGCGAUUCCGAGGCCUCACCCAUCGACUCCGAGUUAUCGACUUCCGCAGAGCAUACGCCCACCACCUACGCACAUCGCAGCAGUGCUGACCGAUUGCCCGAAACCAUCAUCACCGAAUGGAAUGCCGACGAAUGUGCCGACUUCAUCUCCACCAUUGGCCUGCCGCAGUACGCCGAUGCCUUUGUUGAAAACGAAAUUGUUGGCGAAGCCCUGGUCGCUCUGCAACACGAAGACUUGAAGAGCAUGGGCAUUGCCAGUGUCGGCCAUCGAUUGACAAUAUUAAAAAGCGUCUACGAUGUGAAAAAGGCACAAGAUGUACCGAUUGAGAGCGAUCACUACUUCCCGCUGUCUGCCGAUGCUGAAGCUCAAUACGCUACAGCCACUCUCAAAGACAUCAAGCACCUUGUUGAACAGCUGCGAUUACGAGACGAGCGAAUGAACUUGUUGGAACAAGACUUGCGACGUAUGACGGACGAUUUCAGACGGCUCAGGGAAGAUAUGCUCCCAGCUCUCCGCCUCGUCAAAGACCAGCAGACACCACUGCCAAACCUCAGUGGCGGCGCCCUUGGACAGGGGUUUCCAUACGAAGCCACGAUAUCUCCUCCUGCACCUACACCGCCACCAGGCUCUGGCCCAGGAGGCGUCAAACGACAGUACUCACAACGAAAAAUCCUCAUAGGCGCAACCCCCAAGAACGCUUCACCUACUCAAGUAGCCCACGACAGGUCCAUUGCUGAACAAACGCUGGAUCCUUCGAGCGCCGCCGAACGGGCCGUCCUGUCGUCGUCACAUCUUGCGGCAAUGAACGGACAGACGUCGUCGGCGCAUCCCUCACCAAAUAUGCCCUCUCCAACAUCACCGCAAAACUAUUCUAGCAGCACUACUUUGGGGGCACGAUCCUAUCGAGGGGAAACGUCUGCACCGUCAAAUCGAUCCACAAUGAAUGAUGCGGACCAUGGCAUGUACAUGUCCAGGGACAAAGGUGUUAUCCCCCCGGGUCCACCUAGACGCCGCGAGACCCCUGUUCCCGACACCCCGACGCCAAAUUCGAAUGGAUCUUCUGUUGAAAUAUUCAAAUCUUUUCGAGUCAGCAUGGAUGAUCCGUGCUACAAGGUACUCCCGGCAGCGCUCAAGAAGUAUCAAAUCAACGCCCCGUGGGACCAGUACGCCUUGUACAUUGUCUACGGCGACCAAGAGCGGUGUCUUGGCAUGGAGGAGAAACCCCUGAUUCUGUUUAAGCAACUUGACAAAGAAGGCAAGAAGCCCAUGUUUAUGCUCCGGAAAACCACAAACGCCCAAGUUGACAACGAACCUGGUAGUGCUGGCAUAGCCAAUGCAGCCAGAGGGGCGUCCACUGGCUAUGAUCCACCUGGAGGCAUUAUAUGA